GCGACUCAGUUCAUUUCAUAGACUUGUUGUGUUCGGUUUGAUAUUUAAACAAGUUGUGGGAAUUUUAUAUCUUUUAAAAUACGUACAAAUAAAAUAAUUUCCUUCGUAUGAAUUAUUUUUAUCUGCAACUUAUUUACAUACUCGUAGAACUAAAUUUAUUACAUCAAAUUUCCACAGCUUUGAAGUGAUUUUGUGAUAAAAAUUCAGUUUAUUCAAUAGACAGACUCGUGAUUUAAAUUAAAAGAAAAAAAUUGAAAGAAAAGAUCGUUAAAUUUGAUCAUUAAAUAAAAAAAAAAGUUGAUGAUGUCAAGACUAUGGAAUGCUUUGACAAGGAAGAAGCGCAACGAAGCUGAUGCAGAGUCACAACUUGCUCGUGUUCUCAAUUUAUUUGAUUUGACGGCACUUGGAGUUGGAUCAACUUUGGGUUUAGGAGUUUACGUUCUUGCCGGAAGUGUUGCAUAUGAGCAGGCGGGACCUGCCGUAACGAUCUCGUUUCUAAUCGCAGCUAUUGCCUCAGCUUUCGCUGGUCUUUGUUAUGCUGAAUUUGCUGCAAGAGUUCCGAAAGCUGGUUCAGCUUAUGUUUACUCUUAUGUCAGUGUUGGCGAGUUUGUGGCUUUCACAAUAGGAUGGAAUUUAAUUUUGGAAUACGUCAUUGGAACAUCGUCAGUAGCAAGAGGUUUAAGUGGAUAUAUCGACUCAUUACUUGACAAGAGGAUGGGAAACUUUUGGCGUGAAAUGUUCCCAAUUGACGUUGAUUUCUUAGCUGAAUAUCCCGAUUUCUUUUCAUUCGUCAUCGUGUUAAUUCUCGCAGUAAUUUUGGCUAUUGGCGUCAAAGAAUCAAGUAUGCUCAACAACAUUUUCACUUGUGUUAAUCUUGUGACAGUUUCAAUAGUUUUAAUUGCUGGAGGCAUCAAAUCAAACCCAGCCAAUUGGGCAAUUGCUAAAGAAGAUAUUCCAGAAGGUGUACGAGGUGGUGAGGGUGGUUUCAUGCCGUAUGGAAUUGCUGGAAUCAUGGCUGGUGCUGCAAAAUGCUUUUAUGGCUUUGUCGGGUUUGAUUGUGUGGCAACAACUGGAGAAGAAGCCAAGAAUCCUAAAAGAAAUAUUCCACUGGCUAUUGUCAUAUCUCUCAUAAUCAUAUUCUUCGCUUACUUUGGAAUCUCAACUGUUCUUACAAUGAUGUGGCCUUAUUACGAUCAGAAUCCCGAAGCUCCUUUUCCUUACGUCUUUGACCAAAUCGGAUGGAUUGAAAUUAAGUGGAUUGUGUCAAUUGGAGCGAUUUUUGCACUUUGCACGAGCUUAUUAGGCGCGAUGUUUCCUUUGCCACGUGUUCUCUACGCCAUGGGAUCCGAUGGAAUUAUCUUCAAGUUCAUGAAACGCGUUCAUCCUAAAUCAAAAACUCCACUUCUUGCAACAUUAUUGUCGGGAUUAUUAGCAGCUUCAAUGGCACUCAUAUUCAAUCUACAUCAACUAAUCGACAUGAUGAGUAUUGGAACACUUCUCGCUUACACAAUUGUAGCCAUUUGUGUAUUGGUUCUUCAUUAUGAUGCACCGAAUACAAUCUCAGGACAAUCAGAUAUAACAUCAUCAAACGUCACCACAAUUAUCAGGCAAAUCACAAAUUUCAAAUUCACAAAACAACCAAAUAAUUUAUCUUCAGCGAUUGUUAAAGUUGGGGUUGUUGCGUUUUGUCUUCUUUCGAUUGGGUUAUGCAGCAUAUUGAAGUUUAGUUUGGAUUAUGUGACGUUCUCUCUGUUGAUUAUUGUCAUUGCAGCGAUGAUCUUAACAAUACUCGUCAUGUCACGACAACCUAAAGACGAAAGUGUUGAACUUUCAUUCAAAGUACCAUUCGUUCCAGUAUUACCAUGUCUGAGUAUUUUAAUUAAUCUUUAUCUGAUGUUUCAACUUGAUCAGAACACGUGGAUAAGAUUUGCUGUUUGGUUGCUUAUCGGAUAUUGCAUUUACUUCACUUAUGGCAUUAGAAAAUCAACUGAAGGAAAACUAGCACGAGAGUCAAUUGAAUUUACGAAGCCUCCGCUAUCAACAGAAUCUUCGAAGAUUUCCACGAUUACUGAUCGUUACAGGGCUAUCAAUGACGAGUGAUUUUAACUUUUUUAAGAGACUAAUUAACUUUAUGAAUUGACUUCUUGACAAUUUUAGUGCUUAAUUGUGAUAUUUUGUGUACUUUAAUGGAUUAAGCCUUCAUUAGAAGAUGUCCGACCAAUUUCUACUUAUUACUUAUUAUGUUAUUGCCAUAUCAAUCAGAUGCAAAUUAUUUUAAAAAUUUAAAGAAAAAUAGAGAAAAAUAUUUUCAUGAAUUGAUAAAAAUAUUUGUUUAAUUUAAUUUUCUUUUACAAGAACUUUUCAAGGCGCAACAAUUUCAAUUGUACAGAAAUAAACAAUAUUUAAAUUAUUUUCAAAGCCAGUUUGACAACAAAACAAGUGACGAGUGAAUAAAAUUCAAAUUCAUUGUUAAGAAACAAAAAUAAUAAUAAAAAUUUAUUUAACUUCAUUCAAUUUAAAUUCAAAUUCCAAUCAUGA